AUGAAAUCGAGCGACCCAACCCGCGGAGAAGCAGGCGUAGGGAUUAGCAAUACAGAGCAAGGACGCAGUGCAGCACAUUCACGCGUCUUGAAAGCGUUGCUACAUUCCAUCGGACCAUCUCGCUUCGAAGACAUGGUGGGCACGACAAGGAGCUUUCGCUGGACUGGAGGUGACCAGAUGGCCCGAGCGCUCACACAAACGAGGUUUCAGAAGAAUGUCUAUACUGAGGAUGGCCGCAUUCAAGUGAGUUGUCGCUGAAUAUAGGAACGAAGGCAACUGGAUCUAAUGUUUUGUUCGACUCCCCUGACCACUCGCGCGAGUCGUAGCGGAAUAGUGGUUCGAGUUGCAGCAAGACGAAGGACAACAUUGGUGGUGUAGGAGUUGUUAA